AGGAGACGGUUAAACGCACGCAGGGGUUAAGAAACGUGAAGGUGGGGGGAAACGAGGGGUAAAGGCCGCCGGAGCGAGGCGCUCGAGGCUGCCUCAGCCGCCGCCGGGCUCCGCCCCGCGGGGGUUCCGCUCGCCCCCGGCCAUGGAGAGCGGCGGUGGCGGCGGGAGGGGCCCGACAGGCCGGGAGGAGCCGCCGCUCGGAGAAGCGACGGAGGAGGAAGAGGAGGCGGAGGCGCUGCCGCCGCCCGAGGCCGAACCGGACUGGAGCUUCGCUGGAAGCGAUAUGGAGGCGGUGGUGCUGCGGGAUCUGCCCACCGCCACCAUCGCCUGCAACCUGGACCCACGCGUCUUCCAGGACGGCCAGUGCCGGGCCAAAUUUGAAUCGCUGUUUAGAACAUAUGACAGAGAUAUAACCUUUCAGUAUUUUAAGAGCUUCAAAAGAGUACGAAUAAACUUCAGUAACCCUUUAUCUGCGGCAGAUGCAAGAGUCCAGCUGCACAAGACAGAGUUCCUUGGAAAGGAAAUAAAACUGUACUUUGCUCAGACUUUACACAUUGGAAGCUCACAUUUGGCACCACCCAAUCCAGACAAGCAGUUUUUGAUUUCACCUCCUGCCUCUCCACCUGUUGGUUGGAAGCAAGUAGAAGAUGCUACCCCUGUGAUUAACUAUGACCUUUUAUAUGCUAUCUCCAAGUUAGGGCCAGGAGAUAAGUAUGAGCUACACGCUGCCACUGACACUACCCCUAGUGUUGUUGUCCAUGUAUGUGAGAGCGACCAGGAAAACGAUGUGGAAGAAGAAAUAAAGAAACCCAAACCAAAAAUUAUUCAAACAAGAAGACCGGAUUAUACUCCUUCCCAUUUAAGCUGAACUGCUAUGGGUUUUCAAGGGUUACAAGUAGGCAUAUUGAAGGAAAUAUUUACUGUGGAAACAGCAGGUCGCAGGUUUGGUGGCAACAACAGCAGCUGUAGUAGGAGAAAUUCCAAUGUAAGUUUGCUCUGAAAAAGUAAAGGAAGUUUCAUCCUUAUUUUUAAUGCUGCAGGUUGAUAGAUACCGUGAGUGUGUUCCCAGAUCUCUGGGAACGAGGGAUAGGAAGAAGAUGACAUUUUGAGUCCUAAUAAGACAAACUUCGGGUUCCUUUUGCGGGGGGUACUGUAGGCUUUUCCAUUAUAAAGCAGCUGGGGGAAGAUUUCUUUGUUCUAUCUCGCAUAAAUCCUCAACUAAUAGGCUAGUCGUUGUGUGGUGUACAUAGCGAUAACAGAGGUGGUUUUAAAGAUAAAAUAUUUGGAAUUGUAAAUCUUUUUCAUAUAAUAGAUUUUGUGCAUGUGUAUUCUUGGUCUUCUAAAGUAACUUUGCAUUAUUUUCUAUAGUUUCUCACACGCUUUUGGAGAUAUAGGAAAUUGUUUCAAGUAUUUAUUAUCUCAGCAUCCCAAAUUUACUACUAGAUGUGUACAUACAUAUAUAUUUAUAUUUGUUUAUAUGGGCACUCAUCUUUCAGCAGACAUACAGUUUAUUUGGCACCCUACCUUGGUGCUAUGUAACUUGUGCUUUUAAAAUCUGACUCUUUUAACUGCCUAUGUAGGAUUUUUGUCAGGCAAAGCUGUAGGGAAAAAAAAAAAGUGCAAUAGUUGAUUUAAAAUUAUUUAAGUUAAACUAAUUUAUAUCUUCGAUAACAAUUCUUCAGUGACUUUAAACCUCAUUUGGGUUAAAGAAAAGUAUUCUGAAACGUAUAAGCAAAGCUCAUGUCGUGUGUUCACAGCAGCGUACGUUUUCAGUGAGAAGAAUGGUAACAGAGAGAGAAUGAGAACAUUAUUCCGUCGGCAGGUCUGCGCUGCUGAAACAGGGAUCUAACAGGGAAUAAAAAAUAGACGCGGUGUGUAGAACAGCAAAGAGAGAUGGAGUGCCUUUCCCUCAUUCAUUCCUGAUGUGAGCUGUUUCUACAAGCUGCACACUAGUAUCUUUUUCUACUGGCUUUGUAUGUCCAUAAGUAUAUACUUUCUUAGCUCUGCUUCUAGAAUAAGCUGGUAGUUAGAAAUGCUUAACGCCAAGGAAUGAUGCAUACUUAAGUAUUGGGUAUACAUGGGAAAAGCUUUAGGGGUUGUUUUAUUUUUUAAUAUUUAGUGUUUAAAAGCUGUGGCUCAUGACAAACAAGUUUGGCAAAAGAUGGCAGAAGUGUAUUUUCAUAUUUGUUUUUUUUUAAUGGGAAUCUUUGCUUUGAUGCAAGUCUGUUUUUUUUUUAUUUCUUUUUUUAAGAGAUAGUAACUGCUCUCUUUGGGAAAAUAUCACCAAACGUUUUUAGAAGGGGAAUGUCUGGAGUUUUUCAGUGUGUUUCUAGAAGUCAAAGCUGUUUGGUUCCGUGUUGGUUCACUUUUGCCACACUUGGUCUGAGGAUCUUUUGUACCUGGAGUUAAUGUAAAGAAAUUGAUCAGUGCCAUUUGAAGCAAACGUAGACUUAAACAUCUGGGCUCACGCCUUGAUUUUUAAACAAAAUAAUAGUGAAGCAAGUCGUGUAACAAAGCCAUUCCAAGCUGCGGUGCGGUGUGUAAGUGGUCUAUUGAAGGCCCGUCAUUAUACUAAGCAAAACAGAGACUGAUAUCCUGUGACUAAAGAGAACAGGAAUAUUUUAAAGGUCAUUCAGUUAUGACCUUGGUCUGUUUGUUUCAGUUUACGGGGCAUACCUAACGCUGACAGUCGGUGUCUAUCUUGGUCCUAAUUAAGUGGCACUCUCUCCAAGUCAAGGUGCUUAAGGUUAUUUGCCUUAUUAAUAUGUAACAAUCAGCUAAAUACAUCUACUGCUUCUUAACACCCUAAAAUAAAUAAAAAGGAGAGAAAUCCUAUUAGUUUGCCACCGCUGUCUCUAAGCCUUUUCAAGAUUUGUUUUUCCAUGUUUCUCAAAUUGCUACUGGACUUCAGUGUUUUACUUCAUACAACUUGAAACUGUUGAAAUAUGCCUGUGUGGUCCCUUUUCUGUCUGUCCAUGAUUACCAGUUGAAGCAUUAGUUUUGCAUUAGCCACUUAGUUUCUGUUCUGCUUCCUGGCAAUCCAAACCAAGCAGUGCUGAUACUCAAUUAUAAAAAUAAAGAAUGUUAAAGAAAUACCAGUAUGAUCUUCCCAGUUUAUUACCCUCAUAUCUGCCUAAUAAAGGUGGACACUGGAAACCAUGGAUGGAAGACUUGGGAUGGCUGCAGAGUGUUCUCCUGAUUGUAAUUGUUAACAAAGAUGGUGAGACAGUAAUCUGCCUGUCUUUUCUGGUGGUUGUAUAUCUUGGCGUGUGUCACCUUCUGUUAUCAUGACUACAAUAUAUUGUGUGCCCUGUUGUUUUUUUCUAGAAAACAAAAACAAAAAACAAGCAAAAAACUGUUUAAAUGAAUGUUUAAUUGGUAUUUUAUACGAUUGUAUAGUGUGGGGCAUAUUUAAAUUAAAAUAUUUUGUCUUCUUGUAACGCUGUGGUAUUUGUACAUGUAACUCUUCAAAGAUUAUGCACCACGAUCUGAACUUCAGGCUUCUGAACGCUGCUGGUUUGGAUAAGUAAGAAUUGAUUAAGAAUAUCGUUCCAGGUCACAUCCUUAUCAACUUAAUGCAUUUACUCAUAGAGAAAGAUUUCCCAACCUUCUGCUUUAAGUGACUCGCAUGAUCUUAAUGCAAAUAAUGAGAAUCUACUAAUAAAUGAAAUUGUCCAAAAUA